AUGUCCACCAAAUCGCUUGCGCUGACGUUGGUCCGCCCACGGGUCCUGGAGCUUCGUCAAGUGUUUCAAGAUGAGCGACUUCGAGCUGGCCAAUUGUUGGUCCAAGUGGAGUAUAGCAGUGUCCAGCCACUGGAUGGAGAGAUGUUCAACUGCUCUGGAGCCUUCGAAGCGCUUCAGACUCCGCAUGUCAUGGGCGUGGAGGGUGUGGGAGUUGUCUUGAAGUCCUGCAGUGAUACUAUCCCCGAAGGGGCGAGGAUAGCUUUCCUCCUACGAAAGUUCUUCAAUGAUGACCGCCAUGGAGCUUGGCAGAAGCGUUUGGUCUUGGAUGAAGAGCGGGCGCUCAUCCUGGCGGUGCCUCCCGUGGUGGGACUGAAUCAGAUUGCGGCCUGCACCACUUCCACGGUGGCAGCUCUGGCUUUCCUGAAACCCUUUGCCCAUGGCUCUCAGAUCAUUGUGACGGGGGCCUGCGGAGCCGUGGGCUUGGCAGCCAUGCAGCUGGGAGCACUCAUGGGACAUAAGAUGGUGGCCUUCGUCCGUGGUCCGGAGCGAGCAUCCUGGUUGGCCAAGGUUCCUAUUGCCAGCUACAAACUGCCAGAAGAUUCCCAGAAGAUUCAUAAGAUGUCAGUUGGUGAAGCAGAUGACUGGGCUGUGGCUGGCACAGAUUCACCAGUUCCAAAUGGCGGACUCUCUAUGGAUUUGCUCGCAGCGGCAGUGACGGGCCUUCAGGCGAAGAUCGAGCUGCUGGAGGUCAAGAUGAAGUCAAAUCACCAGGAAGUCAUGGACCGCUUGGAACAGAUGGAACCCAACCGCCAGGUAAAAGCGCUGCACUUCCUUGAGAUGCACAAGAUGGGGGCUGACUUCGCAAGCAUCAUCACUGCCAGCCAGACGAUCGCCAAGUUGGAUGACAUCGUCAAGAACAUGAAAGACAUGAAGCAAGAUAGGACGGAUUCAGCUCCAGCCGAGACAGCCUACUUCACAGUUCAGUGGGACUACAAUGGCGGCCAUCCAUACAAAUUCUUUUCCAAUUACCCCUUGACCUCCACGCCAGGCCAGUUAUUGGCAGAAGUGUUUGCUGACAUUUGCAAUCGAGACCAGGCUGGAAUCAUUGACAAAUGCUUGAGGUGCAAGCCCCUGCUCAUUCUGCGCGAAGGAAAGUGCCUGAAUCAAAAUCCGGAGGCACCCAUUCGUGAGCUGGGUGUGAAGGACGGUUCUGAGAUUGUGUUGAAAUUCGAGUAGAAAGAUGUGGCAAUGGC